GGCAGAGAGUUGCGUGCGAAGAGCUCGACAUGUCAUUCAGAGGAAUCCGCCACCUGAAACGCGAGGAAGUGAAGGCGACUCAAUUGGGUAUAAAGCAUCAGCCAACAUCUGCCCCGAGCAGUGCAAAGCUGAUGAAAACAUCAGCUCGGAGCUCAUACAGGACCUCUCCGAUUUGUUUUAUUUCUCUUGGAUUUAUCAUUUGGCAUUACCGAGUCGGUGCACCCAGGGACACGCAUCUCUUUUUUUUGCACUUAAAGUGAAUGUGGCUCAACAGCAGACAUUAUACUGGAAUUAACUGAUACCCGCCGAGAUUCUGGCGCACCUGUUACCUCCACGGAGCGCACGACAAUGAUUCCUCCGGGAGACUGCAUGUAUGCGGGCCGAAAGAGGAGGAAGCCCAUCCAGAAACAGAAGCCGUCUUCCUCCAAUGAGAAAACCAACCCGUCCAAGCGGCACAGAGACAGGCUGAAUGCUGAGCUGGACCGGCUGGCCAGCCUGCUGCCGUUCCCCCCGGAUGUCAUCUCCAAGCUGGACAAGCUGUCCGUGCUGCGCCUCGCAGUUUCCUACCUCCGCGUCAAGAGUUUCUUCCAAGCAAACCAAGAUAAGACCUCCAGGAAGCACAUCAAUAGCACAGCAUCCUCUAACUCUGAACCCAGGAAAGAGAGCCUUGCACUGGGCACCGGUGUCAAUGAAAGCAGCCUCCUCCUGGAAUCUCUAACAGGCUUUGCCUUGGUGGUGAGCAGUGAUGGGAUGGUCUUUUAUGCCUCCUCGACCAUUGUGGACUAUCUGGGAUUUCAUCAGACUGACGUGAUGCACCAGAAUGUGUUUGACUACAUCCACAUAGACGACCGUCAGGAGUUCAGACGACAGCUCCACUGGGCCAUGUGUCCUCCACAGCACCAGGGGACAUCAGCACACCAGGACACCCAGCUAGCUUCAGGGACUGGUGAGGACUUUGUCGUGAGCAGCCUGUUCCAUUCUCCGGAGGCCGGGGGAGUUUCUCCUGAGCUCUCCUGCUUUCUCAACAGAUGUUUCAUUGCCCGAGUCCGAUGCCUCUUGGACAGCACCUCUGGAUUCUUGACUAUGCAGUUCCAGGGACGGCUGAAGUUCCUCAACGGUCAGAAAAAGAAGUCAGCCUCUGGGGCUCUUAUGCCUCCGCAGCUGGCUCUGUUCUGCAUAGGUGUACCACUCCUGCUGCCCUCCAUCACUGAGAUGAAAAUGAAGAACAUGUUAAUGCGAGGAAAGAACAAGGGAGCAGGAGGAGGCAUUAUCUCUGCACUGGAGCAUGGUGAGCGAGGGGAGCACAUCCGGAGGCACUCCUUCAGUGGAGGAAUGGGUGACAUUGCAGACCCUCUCCUCCUCUCCUGUCCCACUCCUGGCGCUACCCAGCGAGGUCACCACACUCCCUGGACCCCGCUCUCCAAAGACAACCUAAAGUACCACCCUGAUGGUUACUACAACCAGGAGGAGCCCCUCAACUACUGCAAGUCCUCCAUGGCUCCCCAUAAAGGUGUCAGCCCUGGCCUGGGCGGCGGCUGGCCUCUGCGGCCAAACUCAGGUCCCAUCAGAGCAGGCCAGGGUGUCGGCUACAUCUCCUCUAACCGCUUGAACAAGGUCGGCCAGUAUGGAAAACCAUACCGGCUUUCCCCCAACUGCCACAGCGGCAGAGGUGGCGAGGUGUUUGUGUCUAAGCUCUACGGGAACGUCCAGAUUCCCACAGAUCCAGAUGCCUACUGUGUGGAUCUGGUGAAGAACGAAAAUGGCUACAGAGAAUGCUACGACGGCCAUCUGAUGCCCGAGAUGCCACCUAUCAAGGUAGAGCACGACUCGGACUCUGAGAACGGCUGUGAUGCCUAUGGGCGACCCUGGGCUUGCCGCGACCCAGAGGCCAUCGACCGUCGCUACGGUAAUGGGGUGUACGACCAGACCUCAGGCCUCCAUCUCAAAUCAGAGGCAGAUUACUAUGAUCCACAGUACUCGCCCUGUCAGCGAGGGAAAGCAGGAAUCAGCCCACCGUACAACAACGGCAACUACCAGAACUAUGCAGUCAACAACACCGGCAACGCAACCGGACGUCUGUUAAAAUGUGACAAAGACUUGGGCAAUAACAAUGACAACAGCCAGUUUAGUCCUCAGAGACUCUCCCACUCAGACUCUCUAUGCAGCAACCAAUCUAUCAACCUCAUGGACUCGCACGUCUAUCCACAAGACCCUCACAAGGCCUACAUGCACCAGGACUACAACAAGCAUGGCGGUUAUGAGUUCAAAGGUCACGGUCUGAUCCAUUCAAUCAAGCGGGAGCCCAUGGACUCCCCACCGUGGUCCGAGAAUGCUCACGACAUGGGCCAGUCCAUGAUGGUUGGUCCAAGGAACGCUAUGCCAUGUGUGAUGAGCACAGGGCACCACAAGUCAAGUCCCUACAUUUAUAUGCCGUAAAAAUCAGUUCAAACAUUAGCAGAUAAUAAUCAGUGUGCAUUAAAGUACUUGUGCCACAUGCACCAGCAUUACAAGGACAGUCUUUGAUUACGAGGAUUCCCAGGAUGUCACCAUUUAAAUUGCUUCUUCUAUUUGAUGAAGAGGUCACAAACAAGACUCAGGUUCUAGUGUUAAUGUUGUGACAAUCAGAAAUAAUAAUUUUAAUCCAUAAAUAGAUAGAUUAUUUAGUUUUUAAGGAAUACAUUUUGUAGUUGGUUCCAAGCACUUUUUGGAUUUUGUGACAAUGAGACAAAUUAUGUCUAGAAACACCAUUUCAUUUUGUUUUAUGUGUUGUGUACACUUGGCUUUUGUGGGAGGAACAAAUAUUUUGCUGUAAAAAGAUACGUUUUUUUCUUAGCUAUGUAUGCAGGAGAUGACUUACACUUACUGCUGGGCUUAUAUAGGGAGGAGUCAGUGAUAACAACUUAAAGGACAAUCUGCCUUGAUGGUGGUUUUGCAUGUUUUAAUGCUUUAACUAUAAAUGGCCUACCUUUUUCAUUACUGCCUCCAGUGAUGUAUGAAUGGAAAUUACUGGUUUCUAUGCAUUUUAGAAUCGUAUUAAAUCAACUUGCAGAGACUUGGAAAGAAAAUAUUGGAUAAAGUUACAUAAAUGUCAUAAGAUAAUACGUUUGCAACCAGGGUCUGCUUUAAAACCAUUGAUACCUAAUAUUGAGCAGCUGCACAACCAAAUUCAUUGACAUCUUUUUCACAACACCCAUGUUUUCUCAGUGUUUGUGUUCUGAAUUUGAUUUUCCAAGAGCAUAGCUUAUAAUCCAAUUGUCAGAGCAUCCUUGAACACACCAUUAAGGACAGUUAUUUAAAACCUGACAGUGACAUAAAGUUUAUGCAAUUUGUAGUUAAUGGGUCAAAACAUGUAAAACUAUUAAUAUGGCCAAAGCUUUAAGUAUAUUCACUACAUUUGUUUAUUAAACUAGAAACAGCCUGAUUAGACAGACAUAGGCCUAAGGGCAUUAAAUAAGGAGGCACAGUAAGAAUGGAAAGAAACCCUGACUCACAAACCUUUGGUUUAACCAUGCGUCCUGCUGAAGCAUCCUUGAGCAAGGUACUAAAUCCUAACAAGUUCUGCAGGCACCCCUCUGUCCCUGCUGCUUGUCUCUAACCUCCUUAGGGAAGGGAUACAAGUAAAAGUGAAGUUUAGGGUGUGCAACAAAAGUAUCAGGAUUUCAAAACUGAUUUAAAAGUAAGUCACAAUUAGCAUUUACCAGCAUUAAAUUGAAAAUGUAAACAUGAAAAGUGACAACAACUCAAAUCAGACACUAGAAUUGUCAUUGAAUUGCAGGCCUAAGACCAACUUGGACUUAAGAAAGACACUCUGCACUAGUUAAAUGAUGUAUUUUGAGUUGACGGUUUGUUGGACAAGGAUGAAGUGUUUGAAUUGAAGGAAAGGAAGGUAGUCUAUUGUUACAAGGCUCAAUGUCGAUUCUUGCGAGAGCACAAUGAUUUUGUAAUUUUAGGUCAUGAAACUCCUGUUGAACGUACAAAUAUUAAUUUAUGUCAUUUUGUGUCGAAGCUAAUGUAGUGUAGUGUGGAUUAUUGUUCAUUGCAAGAUCAGCAUUUCAAUCAGCCUAUCUCACUGCAGAUACCACACAUUUCCUUUGAAAUUAAUAUAAACUUUCAUGUUGUCUUUCCAGUCAGAAAACAUCAGACAUUCUCUUCACAAUCAGUAUUUUUGCACAAAUUAAUUAAAAGCACCAAAUUGAGUCAAUGUCAGAGUCUCAGUUCUGUGAAGCUACUGUGGUAGUUUCUAAAUUGCACUACUGGGAGUAGUUCAGUUGAAGUUCAGCCUAGCCAGACAAGUUUUUGAGUCGACACGCACAACUGUACAUGGUGUCACUGUUUUGAAUUUGUCUUUUUCUCUUUGUGUGUGUUCAUUUCAAUAAAUGUUUGAUGACUCGUAUUUAUUGUAAGAGGCUAAAGUGCAUAAUUUAAAAACUACAGUUUUGAAGGCUUUUCUGUUUAACUGAGGUAAAUAAAUGGCUUUUUUUCUUG